GGUGCCUUGGCCGCGGCGCCCUUGGACUCAGACGGCCAGCUGUAUUUACCAAUGAGUUCAUCCACUGGGAUAGACACUAAACCCUGCCAGGCGGCAUGUGUGUGCGCGGUAUUUGGGCGAUACUCCCAGCACGGGUGUAAACCAAAGGGCAGCGGACAUAAAGUGAAGGAUCACAUUCAGGAGGUCAGACGGACGAGAGGUUCUGUUUUCAGACGGUUGUCGCGAUUCUGAAGAGGACAGUAAGACCGUUCAGUCGUCACGGAUGGAUAGCUACUCCAUCCUGUACAGCUCGUCUCAGCGGACGGAGCUGCUAGCCCGAUUCCAGCGCCUGCGCUCGGCCGGGAGGAUGUGCGAUGUGGUGCUGGAGACGCAGGGCGCCUCGUUCCCGUGCCACCGGGCUCUCCUGGCCAGCUCCAGCGAUUAUUUUUGGGCCCUGUUCGGAGAGGCAGCGGCGGAGAGAUUAGCGCUACGCGUCAAACUACCGGCGCUAACGCCUGUGGGGUUGGAUGUCAUUUUGGAUUUCCUGUACUCGGGGUGGCUAAAGGUGUCAGACAGUACACUUCCGGAUGUGUUGGAGGCAGCGAGGUACCUCCAAGUGGAGACGGCAGUUUCCAUAUGUGAAAGAUACAUCAUGGAUGAGCUCAGUGCAGAGAAUUGCUGCGUCUACGCUAACUUAGCAGAGCACCAUGUGCUACCUAAUGUGUUGGAAGCGGCUGAAGACACCGUUGCCGCGGAGAUGGCGACUCUCUUGCAAGAAAGACGGGAGGAUCUAUUGAACUUGAACGUCCAAUCGAUGAUGGCAGUGUUGGAGACGGAAGAAAUUCCGUCAGUCAAGGAGGUGGAGUUAGUCAAGCUAGCUCUAGAUUGGUUAAGUGAGAACGGGCCCAUCCCAUUACUUCAGUCCAACCUACUGCUAAGCCGCCUGCGUUUCGGACUGGUCGCUCCAGUUGAUCUAACGCAUUUAAGCCAUGGUAACAAAGCCAUGGGAACACCUCUGAUUAGGAGCCAGGUGACGAGGGCGCUGGAGUACCACAGAAUGGGUUCGGCAAGGCCAAUCAGACAAAGUAAACAGUCCAAGCUUCGGGCGACUGAUCGAGUGCUACUUGUUGGUGGUAGCUCGAACCCAGAUUGUCCGGAGCAGCAGGUGUUGGCGUUUAAUCUGAAAAGCAGGACGUUUGCAACUCUGACUUCCUGCCUGCCGUCAAGACUGAGGAACCACUGCGUGUGCUCUUUGGGGGGCUUCCUCUUCGUGGUGGGCGGAGAGUUGGUAAGCGAGGCGGACGGUAAACCAGUUUCCGCAGAAAUCUCCAACCACGUUUGGAGGUACGACCCCCGUUUCGAUUGUUGGCAACAAGUGGCACCCAUGCUGCAAAGAAGGACCAAGUUCACCUGCUGCGUCACCGAUGACGCCAUCCACGCCAUCGGAGGUCAAUGCGCACCGACCAACGGGGACGUGAAUACCACGCUUGCUUCGGUGGAGUUUUACGACUUAGAGGCCGGGGCAUGGAGGAGGGGAGCGCCCAUGCCGGGACCCCUCUACGGUCACGCUAGCGCCGAGCUCGAGCAGAGCAUCUAUGUGUCGGGAGGUCUCUCGGAUGACCCUGGAACCGACUUGAUCCCGGGCCAGACCCAGAGUAGAAAGGAAGUUCUGUGCUGGGACCAGAAGGGAAGACUCUGGAGGAAAGUGGCACCCAUGUCCAUUGGCAGGUUCGGACACCGAAUGACUAGUGUCCGCGGCUACAUCUACGCCCUCCUAGGGAUGUACGAGCCCUUCUCCGAUAUCGAGCGCUAUGACCCAGUAGCUGAUCACUGGACACGUCUACGGCCGCUGCUCGUCGCAUCGUUCGGCUACGGGAUUGCGGCAACACCAACCGGGAGCAUCCUGGUUUUCGGUGGCAGAAAGUGGAGCGACAGCCGAGAAGUGGCUCUAAAGAGCGUUUUGGAGUACGAACCCAAGAAAGACCAGUGGAGGGAGAUCUGUCACUUACCGAGGCCUCUCACGGGAACCGAGUGCACUUUACUGCCAGUGCCUGACUAACUCAUCACAGAUGGCGCUUUGUUGUACUUUCUUAUGCUAAUCUUAGGGGCUGGCUAGUGGAACUAAGCUAAUUAAUCCCGUUUGUAAAAUCAGAUCCAAGCAUGGCUGACACAGAGUACUCACAUUUCACCAAUUGGGCUAGUGUGGGGUAUGUUAAGUGAGAUUUUUCCUCCCAGAUUUGCUCGAAAAACUUCGUGAUUGGGAUGCGAAGUUUAUCCAAACACUAAACAAGACGCGACCUGAAGUCAAACAGGACAAGAAACAUUAGCUAAUAGGCUAACUGUUUGCAAGGUUUCUUCUACUACUUUUCUGUACUCUGCCGCUUCUUCAUGGUCAGUUCUGGUACUACAACACAUCUCUCACAUUUUAAAAAAUCAAUCACGAUGUUAAGAAUUCGGUUUGUGUACCCUAUGCAAGUCAAGAAUCUCAAAUUUUAGGGUUUACAUAUUUUUCUUUCUGUUGACAAACAUCUAGAAAAGCACAUUACUGCCCCCAAAGGAGCGGAGUGGAAGAAUACGCACCCAAAGGAUUUGAUGCUAAAGUCAGGCAGUGUGAGUUGGAAUUUUACAGCCAAGUUUUCAAAAAUUGCAGGGCGCAUUCCCAGCUUAAGCAGAACUGAGAGGCAGCUGGUAUAGUUAAGGACAAGGUGAGAACAUUUCGCGCGUCGUCAACGGUGAAGAAAGGUCAAGAUGGAAACGCCAGCUGAAUUUGUAAGCGAAGGUGUCGAAGAGAACUAACACUGCAGUGACAUCUUCCAGCAUUUAGCAGCAAUUAUUGAUUAAACUUCAACGUGAAAUGUAUUUUUUGACUUUUACUUUCACCAUGACCUCUGGCAGCUGGCUGUGGCUGCAUUGAUUAUUUUCACCUUACAUUUUUUC